AGACCCGUGACUGACGUCAUUUCAGUCUAUCUGUGCUCAUUUGGGUAAAUUUCGUGUGAAUUCUCGGGAGUGUCGGCGAUUUCUGUGCUCGUGAGUGACUGAUUGCGGCUUGGUUUAUCUAUCAAUCCAGCUAAAUCUCGAUUGAUUGAAUGCGGAUAAAUCCGCACAUCGGUCGGCAGCUGAAUUAUAGUGCUAAAGGCGUGCAGCUGGGUUUUCAGAGUCGCGCAAGUGCCAAAAAGGUGUUCCUGCUUGUUGCUGUGUAACCUCGACAUGAAAAUGAAGAUUUAUAAACUUUUAAUAUUAAAUCGAGUUAUUAGAAGCUCCAAGACUGUUUCCACGUCGUUGAUUUCGUUAUAAGCUUCACGCUUUUGACGAAAGUGAGGUUAAUUGCCGCACAGUUUUAGGAAUUUGUGACGUAACGAAUUCUUGUGUGCCAGUGCUCAAAGGCGAUUUGACUCAUCAAACCGAUCAAGGACCAGCUCGAAUUUCCAGAAUUCUGGAAAAUUCCCGCGCAACUCAACCAGUUUCCGUGUGUUUAAUGCAUUUGAAAAAGCCGCUACCUAUUAUGUAUUCGAGUGAAUUCAACAAAUACAUCAAGGUGUUUUGUUGCAAAUAUUUGGAUAAGAUUUGCGAAAUUUCGGCGAACAAAAUUCACCAGAUUGAAUGCUCCUUUUUCACCACGGAGUCCGCAUACCGAGCGAGGAACGAUCCUGGAGAUUGACAUAGGCUACAUCCAACAUCUUACUAUGCUUAUUUGACGUUUAUUUGAUGUCUUCUAAGCGUUUGAUGAAUCCAAUCUGAUGAUCUACAAUCACAAGAAAUAGAGCCUUAUCUCGUUGUCAUUCCUGCGUUUCACUUGAGCGACGUUUACGAAAAGAUAUGUGGCUGAGAGUACGACGAAAAGACCUUUAUAACAAGGACUUAGUGGAAGAUAUCGAAUAGGCGAUUUUUGGGACUAUUUCAUAGACCAGAGUUGCGAUUCGGAGACUUUUGCAGCUGAUGCGAGCGCGAUAGCUUUUUAGAAAAAAACUGAUUUUGUUGGAAAUUUUCCCGCAUUUCCGUCACAGUGUGUUUCAUGCAAAUCAAACUACACAAAAACUGUUUGUUGGUGUUUUCGACUUGCGGUUGCCAUCAUCUCGGUGGAGCGAAAAUAGUGCAUAAUGGGCAGUAACAGCAUCGGUUCGAUCCUCUUCGGGAGGAAGAGGGAACCCAAUCUAAAGACGCUGGAGCAAAUCGAGGUUCUCCUUGGAGGCAACCAGUCGAGCGACUACAAGAUGUACAUCAAUGAGUGCCAAGAGGACCAGAUGGAAAUCUUCUACUACCGCUCCAGUCCAGUGAGGACAGCCCUCACCUAUCUGGGUUUUGUGCUCACUCUGGGCAUCCUCAGAUUGGUUUAUCAUUGGAUACCGCACUUGUAUCUGUUCUCCACCUCCGUCAGCUGCAAAAUCGGCGAUGCUGAGAAGAUUUUAAUUGUGAACCAGAGAAACUUGAAAUCAACAGUGCAUUCGAGCGAUGUUUGCACUGUGUUGCGUCGUACUCCCAAAACAGCCGAGUUCAACGAAUUGAACGAGAACGGGUGUAGUGAGGAGGCGGUGUCCACCAAUCUCCUAGUGCCCGGCGAUAUAAUCGAAAUCCCGUCUCACGGCUGCAUUAUGCAUUGCGAUGCAGUCCUACUGACCGGAAACUGCAUCCUCAACGAAGCAAUGUUGACAGGGGAGAGCGUUCCGGUGACCAAAACGGGCCUUCCCAACUUCCCCAGCAUCAUCUACGACCCGAAGGAGCAUGCCAGGCACACGCUCUUUUGUGGCACGCAUGUGAUCCAGACGCGCUAUUUCAACAACGAGAAAGUUCUGGCCUUGGUCAUCCGCACCGGGUAUAUGACCUCGAAAGGGAAUCUGGUCCGAAGCAUCCUAUAUCCGCCGCCUGUGGACUUUCGCUUUGAGAAGGAUAGUUACAAGUUCAUCGGAGUCCUAUCGGGUUUCGCCCUGGUGGGCUUUCUCUACACCGUCGUCGCCAAGAUCAUACGGGGCGUCUUGCUUCGGGACAUAAUCUUCCAAGCUCUCGAUCUGGUGACUAUCGUGGUGCCGCCCGCUUUGCCAGCCGCUAUGACCGUGGGCAGUCUGUUUGCGCAAGUUGCGCUUCGGAAGAAGAACAUCUUCUGUAUUUCGCCCAGGACCAUCAACGUCGCGGGCAGCAUCAACUGCGUGUGCUUCGAUAAGACCGGCACUUUGACUGAAGACGGGCUGGAUCUGCUCUGCGUGGUUCCAACUCAGGCCGCCUCCUUCAUCACCCCCGUCUCCAACGUGGAAGCCAUGCGAUUCGACACCUUCCUCUAUGGACUGGUUUGCUGCCAUUCCCUCAACAUCAUCGACAAUCAGAUCGUGGGCGACCCGCUGGAUUUGAAGAUGUUCGAGUCCACCAAGUGGGCCAUGGAGGAGAUGAGCGGCCUCGCCGAGAACAACAAGUUCAAUGUACUCUUCCCCACUGUGUUCAAGCCGCCCAAGAACAGGAGCGGCCCCAAUCAGAAUCUCAGUGAGGACCCCCAAAUCGGAAUCCUGCGGGAGUUUCCGUUUUCCAGCAGCUCUCAGCGCAUGGGCGUGAUCGUCAGACGCCUGAACGGCGCCCACUUCGAGUACUACUGCAAAGGGAGCCCGGAAAUGAUCCUGAACUUUGUCAAAGCGGAAACGGUCCCGGCCAACUUUCACGAGAUUCUGGAAAGCUACACGCAGGAGGGCUAUCGGGUGAUUGCGAUGGCGCACAAAGAACUACGGCUUGGCUACACAAAGGUGCAAAAAGUCCAGAGGGAAGCCAUCGAAAACGAGCUGAACUUCUUGGGACUGAUCGUGCUGGAGAACCGGCUGAAGCCGGAGACUUUCCCCUCGAUCCAGGACCUGAACGAGGCCAACAUCCGCGUCAUAAUGGUCACAGGCGACAAUAUCCUGACGGCCAUCUCAGUGGCCAAGGACUGCGACAUUGUGCUGCCCAGCCAGACGAUUAUCACUGUGAACAGCGACAACAGCAGUCCGCCCAACUUGUACUACACUUUAACCAACACGAAGGACCGCGGCAAAGCUCCUAAAGAUCUCUCGGUGAUGUCCAACUCGGCCAGCGUCGCCAGCUUGGAAACGCUGGAAAGUCAGCUACAGACUGCGUCCCUGGGCGCGGCCAGACGCGGGAACGACGCAACGCUCCGGCCGGACGGCUUGAUGAACAACUACCGAUUUGCUAUGACUGGAAGGACGUGGGCCGUGAUCAAGGAGCACUAUCCAGAGCUGAUGCCCAGGAUUUGUACUCGAGGGACGGUGUUCGCGCGAAUGGCCCCCGAUCAGAAGCAGCAGCUGGUUCAAGAGCUGCAAGGCCUGGGCUACUAUGUUGCCAUGUGCGGGGAUGGAGCUAAUGACUGCGGCGCCCUCAAAGCGGCCAACACCGGCAUUUCGCUGUCCGAGGCCGAGUCCAGCGUGGCCUCGCCCUUCACCUCAAAAAACCCGAACAUCACCUGCGUACUGGAGGUGAUCAGAGAGGGGCGGGCCGCUUUGGUGACCAGUUUUGGCAUUUUCAAGUACAUGGCCAGCUACUCGCUCUGCCAGUUCGUUGCCGUGCUCAUUCUCUACUCCCUGGAGUCCAAUCUGACCGACACGCAGUUUUUGUACAGCGAUCUUUGCAUCAUUUCCACGGUGGCGUUUUUCUUCGGUCGCACCGAGUCCUACCCCGGCAAACUGCAUCGGCACGCCCCCCUCACCGGGUUGGUCAGCCUCUCGCAGAUCGCCUCGCUGGCCAUCCACACCUGCCUGAUUGUGUUCUUCCAAACGGCCGCCUUUCUGCACCUGAAGGCCCAGCCGUGGUUCGUCCCCUUCCUCAAGGCCUCCGACAAUGUGUCCUGCUUGGAAAACUACACCAUCUUCACCAUGAGCAGUUUCCAGUACAUCAUCCUGGCCAUAGUGUUUUCCAAGGGAUACCCGUACAGAAAAUCCAUGUUCACCAACCGCGGCUUCGUCCUGUGCACUCUGGGCGUGACGGUCGUCUCAACGUAUCUGGCCCUCUGCCCGGCCACAGUCGUCCAAAACUACAUGGGGCUCGUGAUGCCCGACUCCAUGCUGUUUCGCUUCUACAUAGCAGGCUACGCGGUCGCCAAUUUUCUGAGUAGUAUUUUCGUCGAGUACGUGAUUAUCGAGCAGUUGCUGCUCAAGAGGCUGCGCUUCAAGUUCCACAACGUGGACAAGUCCAAGAAGAAGUACCUGGCGAUUGAGCGCGACCUGAACAAGGACCGCAAGUGGCCGCUGCUGACUUCGGACUUCAAGGACGCAGCCAGUCCGCUGAGCCCCGCUCCCGAGUGCCAUGCCGAAAUCGUCAUCGAAAAGGAGAAGAAGUUCGACAAGAACCACGUGCUUAACAAGCUGUUUGACGAUGCGGUGAGCUCCUGCCCCAAUUCGGCUUUCACCACCCCCACGCAUCUGCUGGCCACACCGAACCACCAGUACAGCACGCCCAGCCACCAAAUGCCCUCCCCGCUGCGCCAGCAUGAAACCGGGUACUUCUCCCGGGAGAGUUUCGACUUCUGCUCAACGGAGAACGCGUCCAGCCCCACCAAGAGCGACACCUUCAAGUCGGUCAGCAACAACAGAAGCAGCUACGACAUGGCCAGCUCGCAGCUGAACAUCCCGGACAUACCGUUUGAUGACGCCUCAGUCACCAUCAUGGACUCGCCCACCAAGUCCGUCAACAUUUCGAUGGGCAAUGGGGACAUGUCGGUCAACUACAGCGGCUUCAACGCGUUCGGCAUCAGCAAAAGCCCGCCAGAUGACAAAAAUGGGGAAAAUCUGCGCCUGGAGUUGAACAACUUCGACAUCAACAGGUGAUAUGACCGAUGCUUUUGGGGGGCGGGUGGAGAACUUCCGCUAGGGGGCACCGAGUUGCCCAGCCGCGUUUUCGUAGGUAUUUUUUCUGUACUUAAUUUUAGGGAUGAAUGUAUUUAUUAACCGAGAAAAACAGUUCCUAAUUAGGAAUAGUGUUGAGGAGGCCUGCGUGGGGAAAUACUAGAUUUCAACUAUUUAUUGUUGCGGCCUGAACACAAUUUAAACAUAAGACUUUAGGUUCUCUGAAUUGUAGUUUUAGUGCGGUUAAGAUUGAGCCCCGCCCGGCUAGGGGCGGGCUCACAGCUAGUUAGUUAGGACAAAUAGAGGGUGAAUUGCUUGUUAAGCGAGUAGUAGUGCGGGUUUAUUAACUAUUUGCCCCACUGUUAAUAGGGUUUUAGUAUUACUAUAAUUAAUGGAAGGUUUAUGGCUGAUUCGUUAUAUGUAGAGUGUAACUCAAUAA